AUGGGCAUCGAGAGUGUUCUUGCGGGUGGCUUGACCUCCGCGUCGAGCGGACUUUCAUGGUUCUUUCCGGUUUUGGCAGCCGCGCUGGUCUACUUCCAGUACGAAGUGAUGGACAACGAGGCACCGCCGAUUAAUAUACCCUCUGAAGUGCUCCUACCAUCUUACGAUUUCAUCGUGAUAGGAGCUGGUUCUGCAGGAGCUGUGGUAGCAAGCCGGUUGUCCGAGAUAGAAAACUGGAACGUGCUUCUCCUGGAAGCUGGCGGCGAUGAAACGGAAAUCUCCGAUGUUCCUCUCCUUGCUGGUUAUUUGCAACUCAGCCAACUGGACUGGCAGUACAAAACGGAACCAGACGGGGAUUCUUGCCUUGCAAUGGAUCAGGGACGUUGCAACUGGCCGCGUGGCAAAGUGAUCGGAGGCAGCAGCGUUCUGAACUACAUGCUCUACCUGCGUGGCAACAAGAAGGACUACGACAUCUGGGACCAGCAGGGGAACCCAGGCUGGUCCUCCAGAGACGUUCUCUACUACUUCAAAAAAUCCGAAGACAAUCAAAACCCCUACCUAGCGAAAACGCCAUACCACUCCACCGGAGGAUACCUAACGGUCCAAGAAGCACCGUGGCACACUCCUCUGGCCGCCGCGUUCGUUCAAGCCGGCCAAGAAAUGGGCUACGAGAAUCGAGACAUCAACGGGGAACAGCACACAGGCUUCAUGAUCGCUCAAGGAACGAUCAGGCGUGGAAGCAGAUGCUCCACUGCGAAAGCGUUCCUCAGACCAGCCAGGCUGCGGAAGAAUCUCCACGUUGCUAUGCACUCACACGUCACGAAGAUUCUGAUCGACCCGAAAUCGAAGAGGACCUACGGCGUGGAGUUCACCAGAGACGACAAGGUGUUCCGUAUUCGAGCGAAGAAGGAAGUUAUCGUUUCCGGGGGAUCGGUGAACUCCCCGCAAAUGUUGAUGCUGUCAGGAAUCGGACCUAGAGAACACCUGGCGCAGCACGAUGUACCGGUGAUCCAGGAUCUGAGAGUCGGGCACAAUCUUCAGGAUCACAUCGGACUGGGUGGUUUGACGUUCAUGGUGAACCAGCAGAUUUCUAUGGUCGAGAAGAGGUUGCACAGUGUCCAAGCUGUGAUGCAGUACGCGAUUUUCGGCGACGGUCCUCUCACUGUCCUGGGAGGUGUCGAAGGGCUAGCUUUCGUUAAUACCAAGUACGUGAACGCCUCUGACGAUUUUCCAGACAUAGAGCUGCAUUUCAUAUCGGGGUCGACGAACUCCGACGGAGGUAGACACAUCAGGAAGGUUCACGGUCUAACGAAACACUUCUACGACGCUGUUUUUGGGCCGAUUAACGACAAGGAUGUAUGGAGCGUGAUCCCUAUGCUUCUCAGGCCUAAAAGUAGAGGAGUUAUCAAGCUGAGAAGCAAGAAUCCAUUCGAUCAUCCGCUGAUUUAUCCUAAUUAUUUCAAAGAACCGGAAGACGUCGCUGCUUUAGUCGAAGGAGUGAAGAUUGCCGUUGCUCUGAGCAGAACUGCUGCGUUCAGGAGAUUCGGAAGUGAACUGAACUCGAAACAAUUUCCUGGUUGCAAGCAUAUUCCUAUGUACAGUGAUUCUUACUGGGAGUGCAUGAUCAGACACUAUUCCGCGACUAUUUAUCAUCCCGUGGGAACGUGCAAGAUGGGUCCUUAUUGGGAUCCAGAGGCUGUCGUCGAUCCUCAGCUCAGGGUUUACGGGGUUAGCGGACUUCGAGUUAUCGACGCGUCUAUUAUGCCGAAUUUGGUCAGUGGAAACACAAACGCACCGGUUAUUAUGAUCGGAGAGAAGGGCUCCGACAUGAUAAAGGAGUUCUGGCUGAAAAGACGCGGGAAGAGGAUGUCGGCUAUAACAAGGAUCUCCGCGAUGAGAAUAGCUGUGUCAUACGGGCCAGAACUGAGUUUCUUGGUCCUUCUGCGUAUGCUGAUUGGCAUGCAUAGACCGGACAUCAUCGACAGCAAGUCGAGAGUGCAUCCAGUGUCGUUGUUUAAUCUUCAAAGCAACUACGAUUUCGUGAUAAUCGGAGGAGGUUCCGCUGGAUCUGUGUUAGCAAAUCGCCUAUCAGAAAAUGGCAAUUGGUCGGUACUGUUAUUGGAAGCCGGCUUAGACGAGCCAGAUUUGUCCGACGUGCCAGCUAUGUUUCCGAUUAUUCAGCUGACACCGUUCGACUGGCAGUACAAAACGCAUCCGUCGGAUAAUUAUUGCAAGGCGAUGAACGAGCAUAGAUGUAACUGGCCUCGUGGCAAGGUGCUCGGCGGAAGUAGCGUCCUCAACGCGAUGCUCUACGUCCGUGGUAACAAGAAGGAUUACGACAGCUGGGAGAAGAUGGGCAAUCCAGGAUGGAGUUACGAGAAAGUGUUACCCUAUUUCAAAAAAUCUGAGAACAUGACGAUCGAAAAGUACCAAGAUUCCCCUUACCACAGCACAGGUGGACCCCUGACCAUCGAGCAUUUCAAGUAUUAUUCAAGCGUGACCCAAACCUUGAUAAAAGCUGGCACAGAAAUGGGAUACGACAUCGUGGACGUGAAUGGAGCCACUCAAACUGGAUUUACUUUGUCCCAUGGGACACUGAGGGAUGGGCUGCGAUGCAGCACCGCGAAAGCUUUCCUUCGGACAGCCGGGAAGAGGAAGAAUCUACAUAUCAGCACACUUUCAAUGGCGGAGAAGAUUUUAAUACGCGAAGAUGGAAACUCUAAAACUGCCUACGGCGUACAGUUUCGAAAAGGAUCUAAACGUCGUAUAGUGAAAGCCAGUCGCGAAGUGAUUCUCUCUGCUGGAGCAAUACAGUCGCCUCAAUUGUUGAUGCUAUCAGGAAUCGGUCCAAAGGAUCAUUUGGACGAGCUGAAGAUUCCUUUGGUCAAAGAUGUUCCUGGAGUAGGUGAAAAUCUUCAAGAUCACGUGGCUAUUGGUGGAAUGAAUUUUUUAGUGACUAGACCAGCGAACGACACUGGUGUUCGGAGUUUCACGUUUAAUUUGCCAAAAUCUAUCACCGCUGCAGCUCUUAGGCAAUUUGCUAUAAACCGUAGCGGAGUGUUGUACACGACGACCGUUGCCGAGGGUAUGGCUUUCAUUAAUACCAAAUACGCAAACAAGUCAGCGGAUUAUCCUGAUAUACAGCUGUUCCUUUCCUCCGUGUCUGAUAAUACCGACGGUGGUCUCUUUGGAAAGAGGGAUUGCAACAUUAGGGAUGAUUUUUACGCGCAUAUGUACGAAAAUAUCCUGUACAUGGACUCGUACACGGUCAUGCCGCUGUUAUUGAGACCUCGAAGCAGGGGAUACGUUAAGCUGAACUCGUCAGAUCCACGUGUCCAUCCGAUAAUCGUUCCAAAUUACUUCGACGAUCCGCAUGAUCUGGAUAUUUUGGCAGAGGGCGCGAUGUUCGUCAAGAACAUGACCAAUACCCCAACGAUGGAACAACUUAAAGCUCGACCAAAUCCAAACAAGAUCCCCGAAUGCUCGUCGUUCGAGUACUCGUCAGCUGAAUAUUGGCGUUGUUUCGCUCGAUAUUACACCCUGACGAUCUAUCAUCCGUGCGGAACCUGCAAAAUGGGCCCCUCCAGCGACAAAAUGGCGGUGGUCGACGCGAGACUGAGGGUACACGGUGUAAAUGGACUGCGAGUGAUCGAUGCCUCGAUCAUGCCACAGAUCCCUUCUGGGAACACAAACGCACCGACGAUCAUGAUCGCCGAGAAGGCUGCUGAUAUGAUUAAGGAGGACUGGAAGAUUUAA